AUAAUCGGGUCUUUGUUGACUUUGAAGUGGACGGAAAAAACUAAAAAUCGAUCCGAUUUUCGGAAUGUGCACAGUGAGGUAGGUGGUGGUGUGAGGAAGCAGUGCGGUUGUCACGUCACAGAUGAAAGCGUUUCCUUCUCAUGAGAGCUUUAGAAUCCACCAGACACCGUGACCUCACUUUACCUUGGUUCACUUGCUUAUUUUAUGAGUUUGUGCCGGAUUGCUUCAGGGGUGGCCUUCAUUUCUGAGUGAUGCCUCGUUCCUUCUUGGUGAAGAGAGGAGGGCUGCGCCCCCUUCAGUCAGAACAGAGAAUGGGCAUAGUCAAAAAUGAAAGGAGUCCCCGAGACUCAUCUCUGCGGGAUGCCACAGCUGCUCCACAGGGUGUUGACACGGUCGCCCUUGAUUCACUGCAGCCGGUUUGUGGUAACCAAUGUUUGGAAGACACCCAAAAAUCAUCAGGAACGGUCGUCUUAGAUCAGCGCGACUGUAACGACGCAAAGACGAUUUCUGCCGGGCAAGAGUGUCCACUCUGUGGCAAAGCAUUUACCCAUCUGUCCACCUUUAAGCGGCAUACAUGCAAGUGUCAUGGAAUCGCAUCGUACACAACAGAUGGUGAAUCCUGCAAGGGCAAGAAUGGCAGAGAAUUUGGCUGCAGCGUGUGUGGGAAAGUGUUCAAGCGCUCUUCCACGCUGUCCACUCACCUGCUCAUACAUUCCGACACGCGGCCCUAUGCCUGCCAGUACUGCAGCAAGCGCUUCCACCAAAAGUCGGACAUGAAGAAGCACACUUUCAUACACACGGGCGAGAAGCCCCACGUGUGUCACAUAUGCGGCAGAGGCUUCAGUCAGAGUUCCAACCUCAUCACGCACAGCCGCAAGCACCAAGGCGACUGGCCCCACCGCUGCCCUCGCUGCCUCUUCAGCUUCCAGGAGCCUGUGGACCUGUGGCAGCACCACUGUGCUCACCGCUGACACAAACCAGGUCACGCCCCACCGGGAUCCUUGGGAGACUCGGAAUGAAACGGAGGAUUGGCACAGACGUGGAGACGAGGCCCAACUAUUUCAGGUUCGAAAGACUAAAUGCACCGGAGCACAAAUUGAAACCGGAGAGGUUAAGUUGGGUAUGACCUUGGCCUAGAAUUUGCAGACUUCAUGUACACUAUGCAAUACUAAGAAUUGCAGAAAGUGGAUGUAGUUGGCCAGUUUAAUACAACUGUUCUUUUAAAAUGGAUACAUUUCAUGUUUUUUCCUCGAUCCUUUGAACAAAUAAAGAUUUUGUACAGAC